AUGGUGAUUUUAAAACGUUUUUCCAAUAAAUGCGUCAACACUGACUGUAUUAUAAUUCACAAAAACUUUUUAACAUCUGUUGACCGCGGGAAAUAUAAAAUUAAGACGCAUAUUUCGAAUGCGCUUGUGCAACAACGUAAGUUCAUUAUAAGAAGAAAUGACCAAAUGUCAAAUAGCAGCCGAUCGAUCAACAUAUUGUUCUUGACGCCCGUGUCGACUAUUAGUUACUAACAGUCACAAGCUUCAGUAAGAAUUAAUUCAUGCGUGCAUUUUAUUAUUAUUAUAGGCUGCUGAUCAUUGGAGACUAAAUAAAUUUUGAGAAAAUUUAUAGAUUUUAGUAGAGAGAAUUAUUUCAUCUAACCUAUAAAAAAUGGACGAUACCUUUUUGCAGGAUGAAGGGCCGAAUUUUGACAGGGUUACUUUGGAAAUUAAACACGAAAGCAACGAAUUUCUGAAUUCACAAAAUCUAAAAGAUAAAAAAAAUUCAAUCGAUAGUACUUCAAAAGGGGCUUCUGCGAUUAAAGUUGUUAGUAUUCCCUAUACUCGAAUUGACUGUCAUACCUUUUUUUCCUCUAGAAAUGAAGUCGUAGAAAGAGCUCUUGCGGAUUGCCAAAGAGAUCUCCUCAGUUGUAGCGAGGAAGAUGAAUUAAUUGGAACAUGGCUUUUGACUGAAAUAAGUUUAUGGGAUACAGAGAAGGAAAGACUUAUUCUGUUAACGAAAACCGUUCUUUAUUCAGUGAAAUAUGAUUUGAUAUCAUUGAAGAUUUUAGAGUAUGAUCGAGUAUGUUUAUCUGAAGUUGAUACGUUAAUAGCGGGAGAACUUAUUUAUCCAGCAACAUCAUUAUUACCCCGCUUAAAUGGGUUGGCAGAAGGUGUUUCUUCUCUUAUUCACAGUGCUGUACAUCAAGAAUGGUCUUCAUUUACUUCAUUAUCAGGCACUACUGAGUUUGAACCUAGGAGUAGAAAUAUGUUUGGUAUGAGAUUAAUGUGGAAUAAAGGUCAGCCAUUGUCUAUGGAUAAAAAGUGGAAUCCCUUUGCUAAAAAUAUACCAUGGUGUACAUUCACAAGUCAUCCUCUUUAUUUUCACACAGGACCAGAUUCUAAUAAAACUAAAUACGAUGUACGCGCUCUACAUUCAGCACUCAGUGAUUUAUUAUCUGAACAUUGUCACAAGCUUGAAAAUCCUAUUAUUAUAGAAAAUUAUAUUGGCAUUGGGUCAUUAAUGCAUAACCGUAUUGGUUUAGGUUUUUUUAAAAUUCGCGGUAAAAUUAGCUUCUGAAUAUCUGUCGUAAAAUACAACGAGUCUAUAUUAAGGGCCAACUUCUAUUUUUAAUAUUAUUGUAAAAUUCUAUAUUUUAGAAUAUCCUUAAUUAUAGGACUUAGGAAACAAAAUGGUUUUAGAACGUAAGCAACUAAUUAGUUUUAUAAAGGUUUAUGCCUUUUACCAUGUAUUGAAAGUUGGUGCAGUCAUACUGCUUUAUCUUUUAUGGGUAACCGUAAAAGAUUAUUUUAAACAUCUCUUUUAGAUAAUCAUCUAGGCAAUGGUUACAGCGAUUCGUUCGUCAUCAGUUAACUCACAAAUCAUAAGAAUUGUAUUAUUAGUUUAGAAUGUUAAAUGCAACAGGUAUAUUAAAUCCUGCACAUUUUCUCUGCUCUAACAGUAGGAAUGAUUUACUCGAUACAAUUUUUAAAAAUAUUAUAAAAAUACUUUAAUUAAUAUAAUAACGAUUAAAACGCU